GAACUUUAGACGACCCGCAUCUAUUAUAAUUAAUACACGCGUCGGAGAGCUAUAUGCUUGUGGUUAAUCGCAUUUUCAAAAAAAUAUUUAUUGUUGAUAACCUUAAGUUUGCGGCCAGCGCAAAGUCAGGGUCGGUUAAGUGAACUAUCAGUCGCGGACCGUCCGUCCUCAGAUCCACAAUAUUACUCCGUUCAAACAAUUUGUUGUCCGUGUGUGAACUAGUGUUAAUAUGAAUAUACUAUACGUGAAGACGACUGUAGUUACCUGCAUACUUGUUAUAACCUUUUCCAAUGUUGUUGGACAGUCUUGUAAUGGUGGAGCGGAUUGCAUAGCCCUGGACAAAUGUUCCGGUCUCUACAGACAGUUGCAAAAAGGCAGCACGCCUGCAUUGACAAGGCUUUUGCGCAGCCUGCACUGUGGCUUCGAGAACGCUAAUAUGCCCAAGAUUUGUUGUCCUCCAGAAUUUCUAUCCCAAAGAGGUGGUUUUGGAAACGAUCAAGGAAGUGCAAGAGAGAAUCCCUUAGCCCUUCUGCCCAACAGGCGUGAAUGCGGCAUUCAAAAUAAUGACAGAAUUGUUGGAGGGAUACAGACAGAAAUUGACGAACAUCCAUGGAUGGUGCUACUACGCUAUGACAAACCAUCAGGAUGGGGCUUCUACUGCGGAGGAGUUCUGAUCUCUUCAAGAUAUGUUUUAACUGCUGCCCACUGCGUGAAAGGUUCUGAUUUGCCGCCAAACUGGAAAUUGUCCCAGGUACGUCUUGGCGAAUGGAACACCUCGAGCCAGGUAGAUUGUGUGGGAGACGACUGCAGUCAACCAGUACAAGACAUUCGUAUAGAACAAAUUAUCGCACACGAGUCGUACGACCCCGAAGAUAACAAUCAGCAAAAUGAUAUAGCGCUACUACGACUCGCACAAAAUGUUCAUCUUAAUGAUUUUGUAAAACCAAUCUGUUUGCCGACAACUGAGGACUUGCGAGACAGUAAUUUUGACGGCUUAGAAAUGGAAGUCGCAGGAUGGGGUAAAACAGAAACCCAGAACAUGGAUAGUAACCUGCGCGGUACCGGUCUUGGCGGCUUCGGGCCUUCAGGUACCGAGUCUGACGUAAAACUCAAGGUCCGCGUGCCUAUAGUGAGUAGGAGGCUCUGCAAGAGUGUUUACGAGAGGGUGGAGCGACUGAUUACGGACAAGCAGUUAUGUGCAGGCGGAGUGGAAGGCAAGGAUUCUUGCAGGGGAGAUUCUGGUGGCGCUCUUAUGGGACAGGCGCCGAGUGCCAACAACUGGUUGGUAGUAGGUGUUGUAUCCUAUGGACCUUCACCCUGCGGAACUCCAGGCUGGCCCGGCGUCUACACGCGCGUCGGAGCAUUCAUGGACUGGAUAUUGUCAAACUUACGACCUUAGACCUAUCAAAUCUCGACUGAUGUUUUUUAUUGUUAACACUAGUUACAAAAUAUGCACUAAGCAUACCUAAUAUAUGAAAAGAGUUUAUGAAAAUAAAUAUUCUUUUAUAUUUCGUUGAUAUAUAUGCAUUUGCUCUCCAUUUUAAUUUAUGUAUAGAUUGUAAAAUAACUGUGAUGUUACAGUUUAGUCACAAACAAGUGCCAUGAAUUUGUACUUUAUUAUUUUAAUCCGAACUGUACUUACUGCAACGUGUGAAUGAAUUGUCUUGCCUACGAAUGUACAACGUUCAUAUAAAUGUGAUUUUCAUAGAAACGAUUUUAAUAAAAUGUCUAAAUCUAACGUGAAAUUUGA